ACUGGGAAAGAUAUCGAAAACCAGAUCGUCGUCUAUUGGACGUCUUGUGAUUUAGAUUUGUCCAGUCGUCUUUUUAUUUUUAGCCGCAGCAGCCUAUAUUUAUUCGGUGAUAACGAAACGGUGUUGGAAGAGAAAAAUUAAACCUUUGCGCUACGAUUUUAUUAGAUAGUAUUCAGAGUUGUCUACGCUUUCGACGGUAUACCUAAUAUACAGCAGUACUUUGUUGGCACGACUUGAGUUCCAGCUUUCCAUUUCUUGUACCAACUACUUGCUCUCGAUUCUUGAAACUCAAAGCCCAAGAACAUCAACAGCAUGACUAGACAAGUCAAGAGCUUGGCAGAUCGGCAGCUCUUCUGGAAGACUCUCUUUGAAGCGAAGAAAUUGGCUUCCCAACUGGCCUCUUUGGCAACAGAUCAUAUCGAUGGCGUCACGUACGAUGACCUGCCCCAAUACGGACGUGUGCAUGUCGUGGCCGAAUCCGCGUCCAGCCUGGGAGACAAUUUUAUGAGCGACACUUUUAUCGUAAUGGCUCAACUGACAGCAUCCGGAAACAAGACUCACACCUUGAGUACCUUUAUCAAAGUGCUUCCAACGAAUGCGCUGUUGCGUCAGGCAGCCUACGAGUCGCACACUCAUCACCGUGAGAUUAACAUGUACCACCAUUUCUUUGGUCUGCUGAGGGAAAUGCACGCCGACCAGCCGAUCCCGCUAGACGUGCCCGACGUCUACUACACCCACAUCGAGGAGAUGGUGGUCAAGGAUGGAACAGACGGCUCGGGUAUUUGCACUUUGCUCGAGGAUCUCAAGGCGCAGGGUUACCGUAUGGCUGAAAAGGCGCUAGGCGCCGAUUAUCGGCACUGCCACAUGGCACUCACCUCCUUGGCUCACUUUCACGCACUAACUCUGAACGUCGUAAGAAAGUGGACGGAUCCGGCGACUGGAGAACUGUCCAAUAUGCCACCGACCACCACAUUUUUCUUGGAAGAGAAGACAAUGUACGACAUGGGAAUGCUCGAAAUGAUCCAAGACAAUUACAAGAACAUUGUCGAAUUCGCCGCAGAGGUGGACAGACCCGACCUCGUUGAAUGGUUAAACGAACUGAAGGAACGUUUGCCCGAAAUUAUCACGUACGACACAAAGGACAAUAGCGGUCCACUGGCGUGCAUCCUUCACGGCGAUUUCUGGAACAACAACAUGCUGUUCAAAUACGAAGAUGAUGGCCAGCGAGGAGCAACAGACAAAGACGAAGCAAACGCCAGUUCCAGCAUCCCGAUCGCACUCAAGAUGAUUGAUUUUCAAAUUUCGAGAAUCGGACAUCCGAUUAGCGACAUCCUUUACUUCAUGUACUCGAGCGCCGCUCCGGAGACGAGAGAGAAGCACAUGCUCGUUUUACUGCGUUAUUAUUUCGAUACCUUAACCACUGAUUUGAGAUUGCUCGGCAUUUCACUCGAUGACUACAGUUGGGCAGACUUUGUCAGAGAAUACAAGAGGAGGUCGUUAACGUGGAUGUUUAUGGGCAUCGUCGUUUUGUCUUUUGUUUUGAACAAAAAAGUGCUGACCAAGUUGGACGAUUUGGAUGCAGAGGAGAGGCUCAAAGAGCCAAAACCAGAAACGGACGUGGAACCAGAAAAGGGUGCCAGUGGAAUGACUCUAGAAUUGGAGGAAACCAUGAAGAACAUGAUGAAAUCACAGAAAUUGAGCGACAAUCCAACCCUGACCCAUCGACUCUUGAAACUGAUCGUUGAAGUCAAAGCCCUCAACAGUUGCUAAUAGACGCAAACAUUUGAAAAUCAUAUAAUAAUCAUUGGCCUUAUAUUCACUGCGUCAAGUUUCAGUAGUUGAUAACUGUACUCUGCGCGGCUUAUAUCCAUCCAUUUAUUGUACAAUGCAUUUAAAGUUUGGGGCGUUCAAUAAACGUUCGUUAUAUU